CGGUGCCGCAGUCAUAUAUCGGGGAGCCGCCAAUAGCGAACUCGUUUGGCGUUACCGCAGUUAGCGGCCUCGGCAGCACGCGCUCGCGAGCGGCGAAGAGCGGUUUUCUCUCGGGCAGGGGCAGCAAAAGAGCGAAGGGAGGAUUCCGAGCGGGCGGGGCCAGCCGGCGAAAAGGGGAGGGGGUGGGGCCAGCCGGCAGAGGCCGCCACGCAGGGAGGAUCCGCUCGUUGUGCGGCCGCGCUGUCCUGAGGUGGGGGCGAAGCCAGUCCAGUACUGAGGAACCCUCGGGAGUGGCGGAAAUCACGGUCAUGAUGGUAUCCAUUCCAGAAUACUAUGAAGGCAAGAAUGUCCUUCUCACAGGAGCUACUGGUUUCAUGGGAAAAGUUCUUCUUGAAAAACUGUUAAGGUCUUGUCCAAAAGUUAAAGCAGUUUAUGUGUUGGUGAGACACAAAGCAGGAAAGAUGUCUCAAGAAAGAGUGGAAGAAAUGAUCAACUGCAAGCUCUUUGACCGUCUGAGAGAUGAACAGCCACAAUUUAAAGAAAAAAUUAUAGCAAUCCCUAGUGACCUUACAGAAUUAGAAAUGGCCCUCAGUGAAGAAGACAAGAAGACUAUCAUAAACUGCACUAAUAUUAUAUUUCAUUGUGCUGCUACUGUAAGAUUCAAUGAAAUUCUAAGAGACGCUGUUCAGCUUAAUGUAAUUGCAACACAACAGCUACUUUUCUUAGCCCAGAAAAUGAAGAAUCUGGAGGUGUUUAUUCAUGUUUCAACAGCAUUUGCAUACUGCAAUCGAAAGCACAUUGAGGAAGUCGUCUAUCCACCCCCUGUUGAUCCCAAGAAAUUGAUAGAUUCCUUAGAGUGGAUGGAUGACGGCCUAGUGAAUGAUAUUACUCCAAAACUGAUAGGAGACCGGCCUAAUACUUAUACAUAUACAAAGGCCUUAGCAGAAUACAUUGUACAACAGGAAGGUGCAAAACUAAAUGUAGCCAUUAUAAGGCCAUCAAUUGUGGGUGCCAGCUGGAAAGAGCCUUUUCCAGGAUGGAUUGACAACUUUAAUGGACCUAGUGGCCUCUUUAUUGCUGCAGGAAAAGGAAUUCUCCGAACAAUGCGAGCCUCCAACAAUGCCGUUGCAGAUCUUAUUCCAGUAGAUGUAGUCAUCAACGCAACAAUAGCUGCUGCAUGGUAUUCAGGAGUUAAUAGGUAUAGCAGACCAAGAAAUAUAAUGGUAUACAACUGUACAACAGGUGGCACCAAUCCUUUCCAUUGGGGUGAAGUUGAGUGUUACUUAAAUUUGGUAUUCAAGAGGAACCCCUUAGAACAAGCAAUAAGGCGUCCUAAUGUUAAACUCCAGUCUAAUCCCCUUAUACAUCAGUAUUGGACAACAGUCGGUCACAUACUUCCUGCGUUGUUACACGAUGUUGUUCUCAGGUUGACAGGUCAGAAACCGUGGAUGAUGAAAACAAUAACACGCCUUCACAAGGCUAUGAUGUUGCUAGAAUACUUUACCAGUAAUUCUUGGGACUGGAAUACAGACAAUGUAAAUAUGCUUAUGAGCCAGCUGGGUCCUGAAGACAAAAAGGUAUUUAAUUUCGAUGUUCGCCAGUUACAUUGGGCAGAGUACAUGGAAAACUACUGCAUGGGAACAAAGAAAUAUGUUCUGAAUGAGGAAAUGUCUGGUCUCCCAGCAGCUAGGAAACAUUUGAAUAAGUUAAGGAACAUCCGUUAUGGCUUCAAUACAGUGCUUGUUAUUCUCAUUUGGCGUAUCUUCAUUGCAAGAUCACAAAUGGCAAGAAACAUCUGGUAUUUUGUUGUGAGUCUGUGUUACAAGUUCCUUUCUUACUUCAGAGCCUCUAGUACUAUGAGAUACUGAAGAGGACAGUUCUAGUGUUAGGACAUCUAUGCAUAUGGUGGUCUAAUGGCACAAAGCCGUAUAAUGUACCUACUCAUCUUGUCUUUUGUAAAAACAUGAAAUAUUAGAUCUGGAUUGUGAAAUACAGUACAUGUGAUGCUUAAUUGUGUAUUUCUGUGAAGAUUAUAUGGCUGGUUCUGGAGCAAUCUGUCAUUCGGUAAAUAUGUAGGUUAAAUAUCCAACAACAGAUUUUAAUAUCUCUGUGAAGUAAACCUUUAGGCCACUGACCAGUGUAACUGUGCAAUUCUGGAAUGCAUUGAAUUAAAAUCUGCCUUAACAUAGAAAACUUAAUUUUUAUGGCAAAUAAGCUCAUUUAGUUAAGGUGAACCAAUUAUUGACUUAGGUGAUGGACUUAUUUAUUUGAGACUUUUAAAUUGCAAUGUCCUUGUAAAUGAUUGUGAGUUUGAUUUUCUGUAGUCUUUCAUUACUCUCGCUUUUUUCCUGGUGACUGUAAAGAUGUGAAGUUAAUGCAGUGAGAUCUUCCUAACUGAACCCAUUUUGGUCUGCUUUUGGAAGUGUACCUACUGAUCCAGGCUGACCUACAGAAGGAUGAAAUGAUUAUCCAUGAUCUGGAAGGGCAGAUUUUUGUCAGCACAGGCACCCACACUGCUGUGUAACCGCCCACCCCCUCCAGUUGAGAAAGCAAGUGCGAACAGUAACUUUCUUCACAUUCUCCUUAACUGUAAUUUAUAAGAAUUGUUUGUGUGGCUGAGGGAAUAAACAACUUUGUUCCUUAGAAUAAAUAUAAACAAGAGAAACAUAUUUUUAUAGGUCAAUGACAUUUUUCACAGUGACACAAGAAAUCAGGAACUUCUGAAAUCCAGAACUUCUGAAAUCCAGAACAUAAGUCUGUUUAGGAAGCACUGUACCCUCCCUAUGUUACCCACAGAAUUUUGAAAUUGAAUUCUCAACCACUUUCUUCUAAGCUCUAAAGUCAACAUGCAUAUUCUAAAUAAAACUUGGCAUUAUUUUCAGAAAUUAAGGAGACACAAUAUCGAAUAGCUAUUACUUAAGUAAACAUGAAUCCAUUUUCAGCAUGUUUAAUUUGUUUCCACAAGGAACAAAAUAUAGAAAUCCUCAAUAAAAGAUGAAACAUUAUUCAGUACUUAAAUUUUGCUGUACCACUUAUUUGCAUAAAAUUCUGUAUGAACAUAAGCAAACCUUAUUUGAUAAAACUAGCAUUCCUCUAUGAUAGUAUACUGAUCAACCUGUACUAUAGCUGUUUUGUUUUAUAAUCACUGUCUAGGUAAAUUGAGAAUAAAUUUUGAAUGAACAAUAUAAGAAUUACACAAAGGCCAUUUCUUAUACUCAGCUGCUGUGGAAGUCUAACUUCUUUCUUGCAAGGGCAUCAAAAUUUGGAGGAGCUUCCUAGUAGAAAAUAAAAUUUUCUCCCUUAGAACUUAAAUGAUAUCUUAAAAGUUAUGCGUGCUCUUUCAAGAGACAAAAAUGUUGCAUGGUCAAAGAUCACACAUUAAGAAGUGUGAGAGACUUCUGUGACAGUGAUGGAAUGUACAAUAAAUUCUGGAUUUUGUGAAUUAAGAUGUUACAGUUGGGAAUAUUCCUAUUAUGUUACAGCUGCUUCCUCUUUCCCCUCCACCCCUUAAGCUUGAAAUUGGUUACUUAGCAUUUGAGCAUGCCUGUAGACUUUUUUUUUUGCACAAUGUGCCUGGAGUACUGCAACCCACCAUGAUCUCUGUGAAUGUGGCUUAACUUGGUGAAAGAAGCAUCUGUUAGAUGUUUGGAUGUUAUGUUCACUUCCCUCAUUGUAUCUUGUUCAUUUGGAAUUUUGGAAAUACAACUGAUAAAAUGCCACUGUUCAUAACAAUGCAAAAGGGAAUCAAUGAUUAAACGAGUUAGGCAGUUUUCUUUGCUAGAUUCUAAUAUCUAAAAGCUGCCAUCUUGGAGUCCCGAAUUUUGAGCUUAAUUGGAAUAUUUUCCUCAUACAUUGAAUUAACACCAUGCUGUUUCACAGUGUCCUGGCAUUCCACAAAAAUCAUUACAGUUAAGAUACUUUCAUAGCUGGAUCUUGUAGCGUUGCAGUUCAAAUUAUCAGAAUUGUUAACUAAAACAAAUGGCAUCUAUAAUUUUGUGUAUUAGAAUUCUACUCAUUGACUUUAAAAAUAGUGAAAUCCAAAGUAACAGAAGAACAGUCUAAAACAGGUGAUGGUUAAAUAGGUGUGCCAGAAUUUAAAAUUUGGGACCACAGGAAGAACAUUACCCUGGGGUUCUCUGAUGUAGAGACUGAUUCUGUGAACAUUUUAAAUCACAAACUUUUUUAAAACAGAAAUAUUGGGUGCCUUUGUUUGUAAACCAAAAAUAAACAAAUUCCUGAAUAUGAUGUUUGUUGAAUGUAUCAAGUUGUGUAAACUGUAUAGAAGUACUAAUAGAAAUAAUAUUUUGAUGAAAUAUUAUCAGUAAAACCACCAUCCAAACAUCUUGGAGUGGCCUGCUUUCCAGAAAUGAGAAAAAUACGGAAUUAGUAAAUCAUUCCCAACUGUUCUUGUCACCCUUAAAAGUUUUUUUCCUGUCUUGAAAUAUUAAAGAAGUGCAAGUACAGAA